AUGGCCCAUGAUUUGCAGCUUGGGUCUGUGGGUUUGAGCCAGGUUCUCAACAUCCUGAGCUUGCGAAGGGGUGUCAGCUGGUUGGACGACGAGCACCUCAGUCGACGGCCUGGGCCAAUGGGGCUGCGCGAGGCCAUCGUCAGGGUCAGAAGGGUGUGCCUCACCCCGGUCUGCGUCUGCCUCCUCGUGGGCCUCCACCCCCUUGAUGCUGCCCUCCUCGAACGGCCGCGCUGCACUCUGCACACCCUCUUUCUCGCUAUCGCCCGUCGUUCCCCAGAUGAGCGAUGGUGCUAUCCCAACGUCUUGUCGUGCUCGUCUCCAUCGACCGCCGGCGAUCUGGGAAUUUGGGAACAACGGGAAUACGAUGUCUCGAGGAAAGAGGAAAGUCACAGACGGAAGCCGUCGGCGACGCAAAAGUGA